AAUGUCUGGUCGAGAUGGAGGUAAGAAAAAGCCCUUAAAGGCACCAAAGAAGGAAUCAAAAGUUUUAGACGAUCAAGACGUAGCUUUCAAGCAAAAGCAAAAAGAGCAACAAAAAGCAUUAGCCGAAGCAGCAAAAAAAGCCAGUCAAAAAGGUCCUCUAGUCACUGGUGGUAUAAAAAAAUCUGGAAAGAAAUGAUCAUGUGUAGUAUAAUGAAUGAAAUACAUGAUUGACUGUGCACAUAACUGUCUGAUUAUAACAAUAAUUUUGAGCUGGUCCAUUGUUAUACCGAUUUUCUGCGAUAUCUUUUUUUACAAUUCUUAUAUGUCGACAAAUGCUUGAAACUUGUAAAUAAAACAAUGUUAUGAUGUAUUCUUCAA